AAUUGCAGCAGUGCUAGGUCAAGUUUUACGGAAAAUGUGGCUCUCCUCUGACAUUGUCAUCUGAACUCUUUUUUUUAUACAUUGUACAAUAUGAUAGAGCGAAAAAUCAGCAACCCUAUUGCGGGCUCUUCUCUUGGAAUUUUACUUUUCCAUCAAAAUAUAAUUGAAAAAAAAUAUUAUUCUGUUUACCUAAAUAGCUUUCAUUUUUUACUGAACUGAGUUUUGGAAAUUGUUCCAAGGUUAAUUUUGUAGGAAAUUAAAUUAUUUUCAAAGUUUAAAGAUUCAACAUUCGUAUCGGCUAAUUUAUUGAGCCUUUUUCCUUCUGACUUAGUUCUCAGCUCAGAGGGUCAUUAUUUCAAACUUCCUCUUUGAGUGGCAUAAAAUUUCAUUUUUUUUUUUCGAUAAUUCUCCUUUUGUAGAAAGGCACGGAGAAGCUUUCUUUUUGUCUUUUUAUUAAAUUAAUUAUUUAAUAUCUACUGAUUUUUAUAUAUUUGCCGACUUAAUAUACUAAGUUAAAGUUUCGCCCAUGUGAGGAGGCACCGUUAAGGCCCUUUUGUUUAACACUUUUGUACAGCACUUGAAAAUUGUGUCAAGAACAGUUAAUUCCGACAACAAAAGAGGUAGGAAAACGGAAAUAAUCCGCACAAAACAUAUGUGUAUCAUUUACAAUGUGGUUUUUGUAGACAUUAUAUUGUAGUAAGACAGCCUUCUGAAGCAGAGAGCGAUAUGACCCUCGAAACGUUAAGGGAAAUAAAUAGACAACGUGGUAACAGUCAGUCCGAAAACCAACUUAAUAUAUAUCUAAGUAAGAAACGUUGAAAAAAUAAUUACAAAAUUUAUUCAAAACAGAACUUUUAAAUUCUAACAAGAAUGAAUAUAAAUAAUGACAACGCAUCCAGAGAACUAAAUGGCAUUAAUUGGUGAACAAUUAACCUCUAAAAACUACUGGACGAGUAUUGCAAGUGACACGAUCGGACAGCGGAAUGGUUCUGAAAUUUCAACAAUGUGACAUAUGAAGGACAAAACCAAUAAUUGAACACACUGGUUUAGAACUUCGGAAAUUACUUUCUACUAUCUUUCAUUUUACGCUCAACUUUCCUUGCCAAACAUAAUUAACUCACAUCAGACGCGUGAUUUUCAACAUUAAAAUUUCAAUUCAAAUUCUAAAUCGAUUGAUAUUUUAUUACUGAUACUUAUCUAGUAUCUCAGAACAUUUUCCAUUUACUUCAAAAUUAAAUUUAACAAUGGAUUAUUAAUAAUCCUGAAAGACUUACAGUUAUAAAUAAAUUCAAAUAAAAAUAGCACUCAACGUUUCGAAUAAAUCGCUAAUUGCAAACUUUUGCAAAGGUCUAGGGGUAACAAAGGAAAGUUUUGCAUUGAGGGGGUAAUCAUCCGAAAAACUGAAUUAUAUAGAUUUUACCUUCCAUUCAGAUGAUAAAUGCUUUCAGACAAAGUCACUUUACUAUUUAAUCACUCCUAAUGGCUUUGAGUCAAAAAAGGAAUUAUAUUCAAGAAAAUGUUCGACAGCUUCUCGUUAUUCCAGGAAAUACCUUACAAUUUCAUUUUAACCAAUAUUACUAUUGUAUAAGAAGGACUUCUAUAUAGAGAAACUAAAACUACCUACCUAUAUGCCACUACUUGAACAGUGUAGGAUAAUUGAAAAUGAUUUUCUGUAAGUGACAAUUAUAAAUCACUGUUCAAAAACAGAAGUUACAAUUACAACGGUUUAAACUGCACAUUGGUACAGUUCGUGAAAUCAAAACCAUCAGGAUAUUUCGUGUUUUAUUGAAUACUUUAAAGCACUUGUAAUUCUGUACUACUACGUUUCGAGUAUAUCUCAACGAAUACAGCGGCAAAAAUUAAAUCAAUAGUUCUGUGAAUGCUUUCUAUUCAUUAGAGUACCUACUCGCUGAGUUGACAAAAAAGUCUCUAACGAAUUAAUAUACAUAAUAGGUACACCGAUGUUUUUGUCAGACGAAUUUUCAGGAGGUAAUUGUUUAUCUAUUUUCUUUUGUUCGCGAACAGUCUGUUAACUUGAAAUGUUAAAAAAAUAAUGUAAAUAAAUUAUUGGGAGUUCUGCCAAUUUAUAAAUAUGCGAUAGUUACGUGUUUACGCAGAAUGAAAAUUUUAGAUACUGAAAUUAAACUUAAGUAUGUAUAGUUGCUGGGCUUUCACGGCCGAUGUUGGUUGAAACUGGAAGAGAGAGGUUCAAUGAAUCUCAGCAGAAUAGCCUGACAAAAAAUAACAAAUGUACAUUACGUAUAUGGCGCCAAGUCUGUCAAUAUUUGGAGACUUUACAAAAGACGCAAGUGCUAUGUACAACAAUUUUCGAGUUUAUGGAACGGGUCUUCUUUUGGUUAUGGGAAUGAUAGUAUUUGUUGGUGUAAAAUUUGUCAAUAAAUUUGCAACUAUCGCUCUAGCAUGCGUUAUUCUAUCCAUUCUCGCCGUUUAUAUCGGAAUAUUCGUUAACGUAAAUGGAAAUGAUAAGCUACAAAUGUGCGUUCUUGGUAAACGUCUACUAAAAGAUAUUCCUCUGGAAUCCUGUAACAAGGAGUUAAACGGACCACUGCAUCAAAUAUUCUGCGGUAAUACAACCAACAUGGAUAAAUGUGAUCCAUACUACAGAAGCCACAACGUUAGCAAAGUGCGAGGUAUAAAAGGAUUAUCAUCAGGCGUUUUCUUAGACAACGUCCAUUCAAAUUUCCUUCAAAGAGGCCAAUUUAUUGCAUACGGAAGUGACCCAGAAGACUUAGAAAAAUUGGAUCAACCGACAUACAACCAAGUCUUUGCAGAUAUAACUACAUCAUUUACCAUACUCAUUGGUAUCUUCUUCCCGUCAGUAACCGGUAUAAUGGCGGGCUCCAACCGCUCAGGGGACCUUGCAGAUGCCCAAAAAUCUAUCCCAAUCGGAACAAUAUGUUCCAUAUUAACGACAUCCACAGUUUAUCUUUCGGCAGUGUUAUUAUUUGCUGGUACCGUAGAUAAUCUUCUACUCCGUGACAAAUUUGGUGUUUCCAUAGGUGGAAAAUUAGUGGUUGCAAAUAUCGCAUGGCCAAAUGAGUGGGUCAUUUUGAUAGGUUCGUUUCUCUCUACUCUCGGUGCCGGUUUACAGUCACUUACAGGAGCACCUAGACUUCUUCAAGCGAUCGCUAAAGAUCAAAUUAUUCCAUUUUUGGCGCCGUUUGCCGUCUCUUCUAGUCGUGGCGAACCAACGAGAGCCCUCGUUCUCACUUUACUGAUAUGUCAGUGUGGCAUUCUUCUAGGAAACGUAGAUUAUCUAGCACCACUGCUUUCGAUGUUCUUCUUGAUGUGUUACGGAUUUGUCAAUUUAGCUUGCGCACUACAAACAUUAUUGCGUACUCCAAACUGGAGACCAAGAUUCAGGUAUUAUCACUGGUCUCUAUCAGUUCUUGGACUGGCGUUGUGUAUAUCGGUAAUGUUCAUGACAUCUUGGUAUUAUGCGUUGAUCGCAAUGGGCAUGGCCGGAGUGAUUUAUAAGUAUAUCGAAUAUAGAGGAGCUGAAAAGGAAUGGGGAGAUGGUAUUCGUGGUUUAGCGUUGUCUGCAGCUAGAUAUUCCUUGCUACGUCUCGAUGAAGGUUCUCCACAUACUAAAAAUUGGAGGCCGCAGAUUCUUAUACUCGCUAAACUCACUGAGGACUUAGUUCCUAAAUAUAGAAAAUUAUUUGCUUUUGCCUCUCAACUUAAAGCAGGGAAAGGAUUAAGCGUUUGCGCGUCCAUCAUUCAAGGAAAUUUCGCUAAAUCCUACAGCGAAGCACAGCAGGCGAAAAGUAAUUUGACCAAAAUUUUGGAAGAAGAGAAAGUAAAGGGCUUCGUCGAUAUUCUGAUUGCUAAAGAUAUAACAGAAGGCAUUUCACAUGCGGUACAAACAAGCGGUUUGGGAGGAAUGAGACCAAACACAGUCAUUCUGGGAUGGCCAUACAGCUGGAGAAAAGACGAAGACGAACGCUCGUGGAGGGUAUUUUUGGAAACAGUGCGAAUAGUGGCGGCUGCCAAAAUGGCCCUUUUAGUCCCUAAAGGCAUUAAUUUUUUCCCCGAUUCUACAGAAAAGGUCGCUGGAAAUAUCGAUAUAUGGUGGAUAGUACACGACGGGGGCCUGCUCAUGUUACUACCCUUCCUUCUCAAGCAGCAUCGUACUUGGAAAAAUUGUAAACUCAGAAUAUUCACGGUAGCCCAAAUGGAAGACAAUUCCAUCCAAAUGAAAAAAGAUCUAAAAAUGUUCUUGUAUCAUCUUCGAAUUGAGGGCGAAGUGGAAGUAGUUGAAAUGGUUGACAGUGAUAUUUCAGCCUACACUUAUGAGCGUACCUUAAUGAUGGAGCAACGUAAUCAAAUGUUACGAGAAUUAAGACUAAAUAAGAAAGAGAGCCUAGGCAUUGUAGACAACUUGGUGGAUUUCCAAAAUUUAUCAUCCGAAGAAAACGAACCGCUGGUACAAUCUAUUGUUGAUCACCAUCACCUUCAAAUUGCUGAUCCACGGACAACAAAGGUGCGUUUCCAGGAGCCAAAGGAAGAAGAACUACCAGAAAAAGUAACUGAUAAUGAAAUUGUCCAAAAAUCCAAUGCUGUCGAGAUAGGGGAAUAUUGUGAAAAAGAGAAAGAAGAUUGCUCAGAAAAGGAAAGGGAAGCUCAAGAUGUAAUAGAAAAUGGAAACAUUACACGUUCAAUUACACCUGAUGAAGCCAAUGUAAGGCGUAUGCACACCGCAAUUAAGUUAAAUGAAGUUAUUGUCAAUCGCUCGCACGACGCUCAAUUGGUGAUUUUGAACCUUCCUGGUCCCCCGAAGGACACAAAACUCGAAAGAGAAUCAAACUAUAUGGAAUUUUUAGAAGUGUUAACUGAAGGCUUAGAAAAAGUACUAAUGGUUCGAGGAGGCGGGCGUGAAGUAAUUACAAUUUAUUCAUAAAAUGAAACAACUAAAUUCAAAAAAAGUGUAGAUUUAAAAACUGUAGGUUAAAGACCGAUCGACAUUUCUAUUGUAGUUGAUAGUCACUUUAAUGUGAUUCUACCAAAGAGGUACUCAUUUACUCUAGUAAUAUAGAAUACUAAUUAAACUAGUACUUAUGACAAAAGCUUGUCGACUUCACGGACUGUGAUAGUCUAAGAGAUAAAACACUGCAGUCGCCAAAAUACUAUCAGUUUCUUUUUAAUUGAAAAUAAUAUUUCAUCAGGUGCAAGUGCUCACUUUUGUAUAUCACAAUGCGAUAAUGUGUCCAUUUCAGCAUUAAAUACUGUCUCUACAGCAAUUGUUGCCCUUAUUCAAACUAAAAAAACGGAACUAUGUGGGUAGUUCUGUUUUAAAUUAUAUCUAUAAAUGUUGAUAAAUAGUAUAAUGUUGUUUCGAUUUAUAGUUGUACUUAUGUGUAUUAAAUGACAUAACACUGUAAAAUUACUUGAUUACUUAUUCUGUAGCUUGCAUUUCAUAUUACUGAAAUCUAAAAUUGAGCAAUACUAAAUAAUAAAAAGUUAAUUUUAAAUGAAGACCUAAGAAAACUGAGGUGAUAGGAUUAAAAUAUUAUCUAUAAUUAAUACAGGUAGAAGUCUGAAAGACAGGCUCUUAGUAAGUGACAGUGGAAAAACUGCAACUUAAUGAAAAUAUUUAUGACCAACUCACUGUCCUUAGUAAGAUAGUGUUUACUAGUGAUCUCAUAGCCUUAAAGGUACCUUGAAGUAUUAAAAUUUAUCUAUUUACAUUAAACUUAUGGUAUAUGUAUAUACAAAUGAAAUCAAAAAUUCUACUCCAGUUUGAACAUAUUCGUACUUAACUGUCUUCUUUUUAUAGUGACAACUUCUGUUGUUGUUUGAUUGUUAAAAAUUAUCGUUUUAAAGUACUAUACGUGCCUCUUUGUUGAAUGUUUCAUCAUGUUUUGUAAUCUAUAGUGAAUUUAUUUUAUUUGAUUAUCAUUGUUGUUCAUCAUUUAAAACCAUA